AUGUCUAGCAGGAUGGCAUCGCUUUCGAAGAGGAAGGUCACGGUACCUUCGAAGAGCAAGACGGCGGUGGCAGCAGGAACGACGCGGGCGGUUGCAGCGGCGGCGGGUGCGGCUGCGACCAAAGUUCCUCGUGGAAGCGGUUCGGCUCUAGCACCCAACCUCGUCAGCCUCAGCAACAGUGUGAUGGCGGCGGACAACAGCACACACCCUCCUGGUGGAUUUAUGGGCUUAUUCAACAACCAAUCCCAUUUAUCACAGAAUUCACAUUUUGUUGGUGCUCCAUCUCAUUAUGCACCUUUCAAGCCUAACAACAGUGGAAAUUCAUCUCAAGAAGUACAAGUUUUAUCUGAACAGGAGGCUAUUGAAGUUGAUAGUGAUACUGAGAAUGUCAGGACAGAGAAGCGGAUCUUGUGGACACCAGAAGAAGACGAGAAACUGAUGAGGGCUUGGUUGAAAAAUUCAACAGACUCAUCCGUUGGAGCUGAUAGGAACAACGAGCACUAUUGGGGUGAUGUUGUCAAGUCAUACAACAUGACUAUCCCGUCACAGAGGAAAAGAAAUUCAAAGCAAGCCAAGGAUCGAUGGCACAAGAUUAAUCGGUGGAUUGAUCUAUAUGAAUGUGCAUAUUUGAAGGCUCGCAAAUUAUUCACAAGUGGCUACUCCGAUCAGAUGUGGAUUGAUACAGCAGACAAGUUCUAUUUGGAAGACAACAAGAAGGCAAAGCUAGGUCCCUUUGUGUUAAAGAAUGUUUGGAAAAUAUGCCGAGAUGUGGCAAAGUGGAAAACAUAUAAUGAAGACCUCAAGAAUGCUCGUAAAAGAAAGUCAUAUCGCAUUGAAGGAGAAAAGGAUGAAAAUGAUGAUAUUGAAGAAAUGCUAGAGCGACCUAUUGGACAAAAGGCAGCUAAAAAGGCUGCUCUUGCUGCAAAAAUGAAGUCUAAAGGAUCAAACCUGGAUAAUGAUGGAAAAUCAAAGGAAUCGGCCAUUGAUGUGGAGAAGCUCGAUAAAUUUAGUAAAAUUCAGGAAGAUUUAAAUGCAAACCGCAUGAAGGUACUGGAACUACAACAGAAGUUAUCAUCUGAAAAGCUUGAAACCACUAGACUGGCUCAUCUUACUGCUCAAGAGACCAAAGAGGCAAAAAGGCUCGAGAAGGAAUCAAAGAUGAUGCAAGCUUACAACUCUCUCAUCUCUCAAGAUACAAGUUCAAUGUCUGAUGAAGAAAAAGCUGAACGUGUUGCUGCCAUGAAGUGUCUUAGGAAGUCUUUAUUUCCUGAAAUGAGCUAG